CUUGUGGACACUCUCACACACGACCGGAGUUCAGGUACGACCCAAACGAAACCCUCAUUCCUCUCUCUUCACUAUCAGAUCGCAAACGAGUGUGAGAAAUUGAGCUAAUUUAGGGUUUCGAUUGUGACAUUUUGGAAGGAAAAUCUAAUCGGAAAGAAAUGGGAGGUGGCGGUGAUCACGGGCAUGGAAAUGGCGGCGAUUUCAGGAACAAUGUAUGGAGUAUGACUGGUGGCCCUAACUGUCGUCCUAAGCACUGGAGGCGCAAUACCGCCAUAGCGAUGUUCGGCGUCUUCCUCAUCUGCAUCCCCAUCGCCAUGAAAUCCGCUCAGCUCGAGCAACGACCACAUCACCCAGUUCGUCCAAUCCCUUCCCAAAUGUGGUGCAAGAACUUUGGAACUAAAGACUAUAAAUAAUUCAGGAUUAUAAAUUGCAUCACUAGUGUGGGUGUUUACAUCUUGUCAAACAAAAUUUCUCUGUUAAAUGCAGAGAAUAUGAACAGCUUUAAAGUGUUCCUGCUGUCAAUUCUAUGUAAGACUUGCGGAUCUACGAGAAUGUGGUUAACAUCCUUUUCUUCUUUCGUUACA